CUUGCCUCCCCGACCUUCCGGAAUAAUGGAGGUUGUUGGGAUGACGAGCUUGCCACGUAUCACUAGUGCGUACCCUUGAUCUCGCAGAGAGCAGAUAACUGUUAAUUGAGAUAGUAAUAGGUUGUUUAUAAAUCAACUGGUUUAAUACCGUUUUGUAGAAAAUGUGUUUUGGGUAUCAAGGUUAUCGCUGUUCGGAUUUGAAGAGACUGGAAUCAAACGGGAAAAACCUCCACUCUGUACAGAAUCAGAACGUGGCAUUGCUUUGAGUUAAAGAAUGUUCCAUUCGUAUUUAACUUUUGGCGCAGUUUAUAUUUUGUACUAAUAUGGAAAUAGAAGAAGCAUUUCAAGUGGUUGGAGAAAUGGGGAUUUAUCAAAUGUACCUUUGCUUUCUACUAACAUUUUUGUUAACGAGCUAUGUUUCUGCUGAAGCCAUUCUUAUUGCCUUAGUGGGGUUGUCACCUCCUUUUGACUGGGAUCUGGAGAGACAGUUCACCAACCAAAGCCUGACCCACAAAUCGGCUGAUGAAGAUCAGAUAUUCAGACACUGGCUGCAUGAAGCAAACCAAAGUGAAGUGCACAGACAUGUGCACUUCAAUGGGAGUUAUACAUCAAUUACGUCAGAGUGGUACUUGAUUGGGGAUGCAGCCUACAAAGUCUCCCUGGCAAGCUCCUUUUACUUUGGUGGCGUGUUGAUAGGAGUACUCUCCUUUGGCCAUCUCUCUGAUCAUUAUGGGAGAAAGAAACUCUACCUCACUGGUUUGGCGCUUGAUAUCGUGUUUGGAGUUACAAGCGGGCUUGCACCGUCAUACCAGCUGUUUGCUGUGUCCCGCUUUCUGGUGGGCAUUAUGAAUGGAGGAAUGUCCUUGGUUGCCUUUGUUUUACUGAACGAGUAUGUGGGCACUUCCUACUGGGCACUCACAGGAACUUUGGGCAGCUUGUUUUUCGCUGCAGGAAUCUCUCUGUAUGCAGUGACGGGUUAUUUCAUUCACUCCUGGAGAAUGCUGGCUCUUGUCACUAAUUUGCAAGGGGUGCUUGUAUUUAUGCUCUCAGUGUUCAUCCCUGAAUCUCCACGCUGGCUAUAUGCACAAGGGCGCCUUAGUGAGGCUGAAGAUGUCCUUCGCUUCAUCGCGAAGAGAAACCAAAAACAGAAAUGCACUCUGUCCUUAAAACCCCCGCUGGACAAAAGAGACAGGCAGACAGUGGGUGCCCUGGACCUGUUCUGCCACAGGAUCCUUCUGAAGCGUACACUUGUCAUGAUGUAUUCAUGGUUUGUGUGCAGUCUUGUGUACUAUGGCCUUACACUUAACGUAGGGAACAUGAGCGGGAAUCUGUAUGUCAAUCUGGCUCUGUCCGGGAUUGCCGAGCUGCCUUCUUAUCCAAUAUGCAUCUAUUUAAUUGGUCGGAAAUGGUCUGGACGAAGAAGGACAUUGUCAGGAUUUCUAUUCUUGGGAGGUAUAGCCUGCCUCAUUAUCAUGUUCCUGCCAGAGAAACAAGAAACAGGUGUGUUUGCAUAUGUAAAUAGCAGGUCAUUGUCUUUGCUGGGGAAGAUGACAGUCAGCGCAGCAUUUAAUAUUGUCUAUAUCUACUCUUCAGAGCUCUAUCCCACUGUAGUCAGGAACAUUGGGAUGGGCAUGUGCUCUGUGGCAGCUAGGAUAGGGGGCAUCAUCGCAGCCUUCAUCCCUUCUCUGAAAUCAGUCCAGUGGGCCUUACCUUUUAUUGUGUUUGGUGUUGCUGGCUUAUCAGCAGGAGUUCUGAACCUCUUGUUACCCGAAACCCUCAACACACCCCUGCCGGAGACCAUUUCCGACUUGCAUGCAGGGUCAUAUCGGAGACUCGGAGAUGAAGGGUUGCCAUUGCAGGCAUUCAGCAACGAAUUGGUAACAGAAAGCCCUGGAGAGACUGACGAGGAAGAAUACUUGGACGUGAACGAACAAACUCAAAUGAUCUUGUGAGCAAUUUAACUGGAAAUCUACACUGUAAAACAGAAUGAGUUUGCAGCACAAUAAGCACUACAGCUCUGGUCUUUUGAGACAAGAAACUCAAAGGGGCAGUGAAAAUAAAUACUGACACAUAAUCACCUGUUCACAGUUAUAAAUUCUAAAGAGCUACAGAUUAGCAUCCAAUUUCCUCUUUAGAAUUUGACAGCACAGAAAGACAAUAUUAUGAAAGUCUUCAAACUGUGGGACAAAAUGUAAGCUGCUGUAUAGAAAGACUAUUGAACUGGUAUCGAUCUGGUCUGUGUAAAACGACAAUGUAAAACUUUAAGGUGCUAUCAAGUACAGCUGUCAGGAUAAUUUUAUUUGUUUCUUUUUUGUACAUUACUAAUAGACUCCUCAUAUCGGUGUUAAUCGACGUAGUUUAUAUCUCAGUUCUGUCCUCCUGAACUAUAUUGUAAAAAAAACUCCUAUCAAAAAAACUAGACUAGCACAGAUGUUAUUCUGCACCGUGUGGUUCUUCAGUGCGUGAAGUUUCUGCAGCAGACCAACAUGAAUGUAUCUUUGUGCAAUUCAUUUAGAGAUCAUGCUCUUUACAAGUAUUGAUUUAAGGAUAAUUAAUAAUUACAAGUGGAUAUUGUGUAGACUAUAAAAGUAUAUAGUAACUAAGCUGCAUUUCCAUAUACACUGCUCUCACACCUCAAAUUGGCAUUCUGGUGAUUUCUCUCCAGAUUUCCCCUUUGAGAUAUACUGAAUGUUCUAUCAAGCUGCCGUUUAGACUUGAAUUAAGCAGAAGCUUUAGUUGGGUACAGUGACAGCCAAAGUAUAUACCCUCAAUCAAUUUCAGAAUUACUCCUGUGUGUAACAUGCAAUGAAUGUUGACUUUGAUCAAAUGUUUUGAUGUACUGCAGUGGAAACAUUAAAGGCAUUUGUUUGGUGGAUAACCCAGACUAUCAGGGUUCACAUUAUUAGAAUCAUGUUGUUGACUGCAUUGAAUGCAUAGUUUCAGAUACAUUGUCAGGGCAGUGUAUAGGGCAAUAAUACGUCAAGUAAAAUGGUUGUUUGUAUUCUAAGGGUCAAAACAAUACUUAACCAUAUUUGGAGUUACUGUAACUCUCUUGCUGGAAAAUACAUUUUUGUAUUGUAUAUGUAUUUAUCUUUUUAAUAUAAUUUUACUAUUUAGGUAAACGUAAUUCAUAAGCAAUCUCCGGUGGAAGGCCUAGGCAAACUAGGCAGCUGUCCAGGACGGCAAAAAAACAAAAAAUGAAAGCAAGGACUGCAUUAUGUGCAAAGCACCGCUCCCGUGACGUUUAGCAUCAAAGUAACUGGCAUCACACUAAACAAUUCUAUCCAGACACGCUCUUUUGCAGGGUAUGGAGUGAUCAAUAGGGAACCUGAGUUCAUUCUAACUAUUAUGCUGUUCUGUAGAGAAGAAGCAUUAUGAGUGACUAAUAGAGACGUAAAAUUUCAAGAAGUAAGCCACUAGACAAGACAGGCAUUGAUUUUCGCCGUCAGAACAAGAAUUUGGUAAGUUGAUAAUUUACGGUAUUUUGACAGUAGAUAGCAAUGCUAGUAAAAUGUGUUCAGUUCCAAUCUUUGAAGUCCCAAAUCAGUCGAUAAAAAUUUAAAAUAAUCUGAAUGCCGCCUAGCACAUGACGCAGGCAAUAUUGCUAACCUUUAAAGACAUGGAAUAAUGUAGGCUACUAGUUAAACGGAAUCCGAAUUUAAUUGAAUUUAGUGGUAAAAAUUAUUAUUUUAUUUAUUUAUUACUUUAUUUUUAAACUGACUAGCUAAGCUGCUGUCAUCAGAUUCAAAUCUUUCUACUUACCCAUGUGUCAUAAUUACGGGGUGACCAGAUGGCUGUGUGUCACCGGUGAGACAGAAUCUUCCGAAGACACUAUUUUGGCAUAACACCAGGACAGGCUGAGACAGUUCAGAUUUACAGACUCCCAUCACCACCAAUCCAUUAACAGACGUGUCAGGUUAUUCAAUUGAUCCGUGAUAAGCAAUUCGUGCAUGUCGGUUACAGCUGAGAAAUGUAUUAAUAUAAUGAUAAACUUGUGAAAUUCUGCAUUUCGUGUUUGUUGUCUUCAUUUUUAAUAAUAGCCUACAUGCUUACCCUUAAGAAGAAAAAAAGGUAUGUAUUGGGAUAUGUGCAUAUAUUCUAAAAGCAUGCAGUUAGUUGAAUUACAGUUUGUAAUUAGACUGACAGUAUUGGGGAAGGUAGUACUAGUAGCACUUUUCUGCUAAGUUUUUGAAUAAGUUUUAAUUUUCAAAAUGUACGGUACAUUGGGAGUGUGUUUAGAUCAUUUGAUGGCACAUAUUCAUGUUAAAUUGUGAUCCAUAAUGUUUGCUACACAAGUUAGGAAAGCUGUAUUUUCGGUCUGCUCCACAACCUACCGUUUUAAAAUGGUUGGAUAUGUCCCUGUAGCGUUGUGUUCUUAAGCAAGAAAAAGCUAAUUUGCAAUAUCAAAGGAAUGUUGUUUGCCAAAACAUUAAUUUUCAACCUGUGCAUUUAGUUUCAUAUUAGUUUAAAGUGAUGAUGUCUUUGAAGUUGUGCAACAGUCAUUUCAAAAUUCAAUAUACUGUAGGAAAUCAAAUUUUAAAGUAUGUACACGGCCUGUACAAUUUUUCACAACAGAAACCAGCACACAGAGUGAUUGCACAAUACAAGCCGAAUCAAAAACCUACUGAUUUUUUAAAAUAAAUACAGUAAUAGGGUGGCAAGUUGCCUAGCACUGGUCCUACCAGUGAAAGGGAUUUGGUAUAUACUGUAGAAACCACUGCCUGCUCCAAAGCAUCCAUGAGUUUCAAUGCUUAUCUCAUAUGAUAAAGGUUUGUCAACACAGUUCUUGAAUGAGAAGCACUUUUAAGUUAUUUUCUAUCAUUUUAGUGCUUGCUCAAGUGAACUGCUUUAUUUAACAUUCGCUCUUAAAGUUUAAGUGUCAUCACAGCAAUGCUUUCGAAAUUACUAAAAUAUUUUAAUUGGAUGGUGGUUUAGUUUAAAACAAUCGACUGUAAGAAUCACUUUUUUUAAUAUAACACAUUUAAAAUCUGCAAUAGCUUGGCAUUUGAUUCCUCGUUGGAUUGUGCAGUUAUUGAGUGCAGAGAAUGUCUGAUUGUCCUAAAAAAAAAUACAUUGAAUUGUACUUAAAGAGGCAUCAUUACCUUUUUCAAGUUCCAAAAUACGGUUGUGGAAACAUGAUUAUAUGUUGUAUGUUGACAGCUACACGCUGUCACUGGAAACUUCUUUAUUUGUAAUUCGUCUAACUGAUGUGCACUCUGAUGUUCCCUGUUUCUCGCGUCUUGGCAAAAAAUGUAAAAAUAUCUUUGGAUCUAAGGCAGUUAGGAGUAACCAUAUAUUUGUUUUGUACAGUUUUGUGCUGUUCUUCAUAUUGAUAUAAGGUUUUGAUUCACAUUCAUUUUUACGGAAUCUAUUAACCUGCAUUUGUGUUGACAUUUGACCUUUCCAUGUGCCUCUAUUUUUGCUUAUGUCUAAUUUCUGAGCAAUGUGCCUUUUGCUUUCCUUGAAGGGAAUGAGAAAACUUUGAAUAAAAUACUUGCAUGUAAAAUACAAUCAGGUUACAUACAAUGAGUGUGCAUUUCCUUUAGUGCAAUAAACAUCUUUUUCAUGUAAUUUGCUGUAUUUACUGGUCAUGCCAUAACAUUUUUAAAACUGUGUAAUAAGAUUCUGUGUAGUAAAAGCCAUGUUGUCAGUACAAACCAUGCUUGAAAUUGAGGCAUUUUUUUAUCUUUUAUUUUAAUAGCGAAAAAAAAGAUGAAACUUAAGAGACACAAGAAAGUUUUACAUGAUCCAGCUGGUAAUACUUUCCCAUGAUAGUUCUUAUAAUAUGGGCAAGUAUAAAAUCAAGUAAUGUACAUAAGAAAGGGACCAGUCAACCUAACACUUCCUUUUAGCUGUACAUGUGCAAUCGCUCAACCCUGCCUACAAUGCAGCCAAAAUCCAGUUUGAAAAACGUUUCACAACGUUAACCUACUGAAAUGGUAAGUAUUGAAAAAUGCAAACGUGUUACACUUUCAAUGAAUAAUAAAAUAAAAAUAAAAAAACAUAAAAAGUGUUUUUAAACUUGAGAGCUGUAUCAUACUCAGCAAUGGGGAUAAGCUAUCAGGAAAUUGUUGGCGGCUAUCAGGAAAUUGCUGGCGAUAUUUAAAAAAAGGCCAAGAUAAACAUCCCACAAAUUGCAAGGAGGCAAAAUACAGCACAGCAGUAAAACAGACGUAUCAGACGCAAAUCUGAAGAUGAUGAGAUUUUGGUGAAGCACUCCAUAAACGGUGUACUGGUCAUGCCACUGGAGAAGGCAAAACAACUACCAACAAACUAAGUG